AUGGAGUUUCGGAACCCGGAAUUCUUCUCUUCUGCGGUUGCAAACUACGCCGGUCUCCUCCAAGCAAGCCUCAAAUCCAACAACUUGCUCUGUGGAAAAUCGGUUCAUGCCCAUAUCGUCAAGCUGGCACUCACAUUCAGCGCCUACGCGAUGAACAAUGUCAUCAGCCUGUACGCGAAAACUGGGUCCAUUUCGGAUGCUCACAAAGUGUUCGACAGAAUGCCUGUGAGGACCAACUGCUCGUGGAACGGUAUUCUCUCCGGGUACGCGAGAAACGGGGCAAUCGAGGAAGCCCGUCUCCUGUUCGAUGAAAUUCCUGAACGGGAUUCGGUUACAUGGACCACGAUGAUUGUGGGUUAUAAUCGAAUGGGUAGUUUUGCCAAUGCAAUCGAGACGUUUGCUGAGAUGGUGAAAGAUGACGUAUUGCCAUCUCAGUUCACAUUGACGAAUGUGCUCGCUUCAUGCGCUGCUACUGGGUCUCUGGGCAUUGGGAAAAACAUCCAUUCGUUCGUGGUUAAACUAGGCUUCAGUGGGUGCACUCCUGUGGCGAAUUCACUUCUCAAUAUGUACGCAAAGGGUCAGGAUUUGGUCAUGGCUGAAACCGUGUUUAGUAGAAUGGAAUUAAGAGACAUAUCGAGCUGGAAUACCCUUAUCACAUCGCUUUUGCAGAACAAGAAGGUCGAGCUAGCUGUAGAACUAUUUCAUCAAAUGAGUCAACACGAUAUCAUCACCUGGAAUUCAAUGAUUUCUGGCUUCAAUCAGCUUGGUCAUGACAAUAAAGCUCUGAGAUUCUUCUCGAGCAUGAUGAAGGAUCCUUCACUGAAACCCAAUAGGUUCACAUUAGGAAGUGCUUUAUCUGCUUGUGCCAAUACUGAGAACUUAAAGUACGGGAAACAAAUCCAUGGAUAUAUUAUUAGGACAAAGUUUGAUACUUCUGGUGCUGUUGGAAAUGCUCUGGUCUCAGUGUAUGCAAAAUGCGGAGGACUUGAAGCUGCACACAGAGUCAUAAACUUAAGAGGGAUUGAUAAUCUCAACGAUGUAGCAUUUACUGCUCUGUUAGAUGGAUAUAUGAAGCUUGGCAACAUCGCUCCAGCUCGACAGAUUUUCAACUCUUUGGAAGAGAAAGAUGUGGUUGCAUGGACAGCCAUGAUUGUAGGUUACAUUCAGAAUGGUGUACACAAUGCUGCACUGGAGCUGUUCAGAAAAAUGGUCAAAGAAGGGCCAACACCCAACAGUCACACGCUUUCUGCCAUCUUGGGUGUCUGUUCAAACAUGGCUUCCUUGAAUCAUGGAAAGCAAAUGCACGCAAGCAUCUUGAGAUCCAUGAAUGGUCGUCUAUCAUCAUCAGUUGCUAGUGCAAUCAUUACAAUGUACUCGAGAUCAGGGAGCAUCGCUGAUGCUCGAAAAGUAUUUGAUCUCAUAAGGUGGUGGAACAAAGAUACGACCACCUGGACUUCCAUUAUCAUAGCUUUAGCCCAACAUGGUCUCGGGGAAGAUGCUCUCCAACUGUUUGAUCAAAUGCAGGCGCUUUCCAUCAACCCCGACCAUAUAACUUACGUUGGUGUGCUGUCUGCUUGUAUACAUAUAGGACACGUGGAGCAAGGCAGAGGCUACUUCAACCUUAUGCAAAAUGUUCACAACAUCGAGCCAACGCUGAGUCAUUACGCUUGUAUGGUGGACUUGUUUGGACGAGCUGGGUUACUACAAGAGGCGUACAAUUUAAUCCGAAACAUGCCUAUCGAACCAGAUGUUAUUGUAUGGGGUUCACUUCUCUCUGCUUGCAAAGUACAUAAAAACGUCGAGCUGGCAAAAGAAGCUGCUGAUAAAUUGCUGAUUCUUGACCCUGAAAACAGUGGCGCAUAUUCAUCACUCGCGAAUCUCUACUCUGCCUCUGGGAAAUGGGAGGACGCUGCCAAAACGAGGAAGUUGAUGAAGGAUAAUGGAGUAAAGAAAGAGCAAGGGUCUAGUUGGAUUCAGGUUGGGGACAGUGUUCAUGUGUUUGGUGCUGACGAUGUGGUGCAUCCUCGGAAGUUGGAAAUAUAUGAGAAGAUGGACGGGAUAUGGGAUGAGAUUAAAAAAAUGGGCUUUGUGCCUGAUACUGCUUCUGUGUUGCAUGAUCUUGAAGUGGAGGUAAAAGAUCAGAUCUUGAAGUAUCACAGUGAGAAGCUUGCGAUUGCAUUUGGGCUGAUCUGUACAAAAGAGAAUAUGACUUUGAGGGUAAUGAAGAACCUCAGGAUAUGUAACGAUUGUCACACGGCUAUCAAGUAUAUAUCCAAGCUCACUAGGAGAGAGAUCAUUGUGAGAGAUGCUACCCGAUUCCAUCAUUUCAGAGAUGGUUCCUGUUCUUGUAAGGACUACUGGUAG